AUGUCGCAAUCAGCUUCGAAGGACCAUUUGAAAGCUCAAAAAGAAAUUCAGAAGCAUAUCGACCAUGAUCAUGGAUUCUAUUGUGCUCGUUUUGAGAAAAACCGAAAGAAAGAAGAAGUUGCUGUUUCGAAUGUGAAACCAUUGAUGAAAGUGACCAUCGGAAAGAUGGAUAAGAAAGAAUGUGUCAAAAAGAUUGAAGAAGCACAAUCAGCAAGGAUCGAGAAGCCGAAAACUGGAUCAGUUGAUCCGUGA